AUGCAGAUGAUUGGGCAGAUGACCAAGGAUGAUCUCCAAAAAGAACAAAAGAGAGUACGUGACUUGUUGACUGAUAUCGAACUCGAUCCUCUCUGGAAAGAAAUGCAUGCUGCGGAAAAUAAAGUACAAGAGAAACCGGUAGAGAUUUUUCCAAAGAAACCAAUAGAGAUUUUUCCAAAUAAGCGUCUCUGUGAUCCCUUCAUAGAUGAAAAAGAGAAGGAAAAGUACUAUGCAGUGCAGGACAAAAGACGAAGGUUGGUGCAAAUUACGGAGAUCAAGGCGGCAGAGGCAAAAGAAUAUGGACAACGCGAUAGUGAUGCAAGUGUUACCGAAGAUGAAGCUCCAGUUUUUGUUGUUCAUAAUGUCAGUGAUAUAUCCAAUACAUAUUCAGACGAAGCUGCAUCUGACCUAGAAGAGUCACAUGAAGAAUAUAAUAAGGAGGAAGAGUGUGACGAGGAGGAAGAGUGUGAUGAGGAGGAAGAGUGUUCUGAGAAAUCGGAAUCUGAUGAUUCCGAUUCCGAGUGA